AUGGCUGAUUCUCCAGGUCUGGUAAUCUGUGGCGGCCGGUCACGUAAUUGGGACUACUGCGUCGCUGCGACCUACGAAAGAUCUUCGGGAACCACAUCCUGUAUCGUCCAAGGCUUAGAGACAGAUGAGAUCGAGGUACUGAAGGAGUCCAUCCGCGCCUCACAAUGCUCCUUUCCCAAUCCUCUACUUAUUCCAAUACUUCUGAUUGGAUUGAAAGCUAGCCGUUUUGUUGCAGUCAUUGAACAUCGUGCUCGUGCACUCGAGAGUCUCGAGCUUGAGACUGGGAUGAAGUACGGCUUCUCCGUUGACCCACGUCGUAACAUCUCACGUGAGGCUCUCAAAGCGAAAGCAGGUCUCCUGGAUUUUGACCUCAUCACGCAGAAGUUGACAUGCAUUAUUGGAACACUAGCAUUCUGUGAAUUGACAUUCACCGCUAGCCUCAAAGCUCUUGACCUGCUGUCUUUAUUUGAUGACAAGCUUCCAGCCUCGAUUCCACGGGAAAUACUACAGCAGAGAGUCUUAUUCUUGCGCAAUCUUGUUGAAGGCGUCCAAUUGAACCGAGCUCUUCUCUUACAGCGGACACAAGCACAAGUACAAACGGUCUGUCUCCUACCUCGACACGCAUUGCCUUCAACCGAGCGAAUAGAUAUGCAUUACCUGACAUCUGAGCUGACUUCAGAUAUAUGGCAGGUCUUUAGCCUCAUCGGACAAAAAGACAACCGUGUCAAUAUCGAAACAGCUACUUCUUCACAUCGUCUCGCCGAAGCUUCCCUCAAAGAAAGCGCUGCGAUGAAAGAAAUUGCCGAGGAAUCCCGCAACCUUGCUUUUCUCACCCAACGUGGCAAUAUCGACAUGCGAAUAAAUGCUGCUGUAACCCUUAUCUUCCUGCCAGGCACCUUCAUUGCGACGUUCUUCAGCACAAGCUUUUUUGAUUUCCAGUCUCGUAAUGACGUUGUCAGCGGCUGGAUAUGGUUGUACUUUUUGUUCACUGUUGUACUUACGAUGCUUGUCCUUGGCAGCUGGUCCUUUGGCUCUAGACGACAAAAUCAACGCAUGGAGCGAUUGCGCAAUGAACAAAGAGAGAAGGAAAAGAGCAUUGAGAUGCAGUCUUGA